AUGCCUCGCUCGCCUGCCAACACUCAUCGAGGCAACUUCAUGAUCGCCCUCCACCUCCUUGAUGCCGACGCCCUCUCGACAGGGAACGACAAGCUUCAACCUCACAUCCCCCCUGAGCCUUACAGCCAUUUCGACGGCAAAUCUGUCCUGUUCUCAUCACGACGCCCAGCCCUUGUCCCAUAUCAAGAUCCGCUAGUGUCGCUCGCGUCGCGUAUACUCUUCCUCGUCUAUCAUGUCCUGUUUGCGGAUUCGCAAACGUGCGUGCUUACAGUGCCCAUGGCCGAGCGGGUAGAGCUGGCUAAAGGUUCCUCCCUGCCAUCAUCUGCCUAUCUAGAGAUACAGGGCGGUCAGAGCAUCGAGACGUACCAUGCUUCGAUAACACUGACUGCCCAGCUCCGAGGACUGCGCUGGCUGAUGUACCACUACCGUCUCACAACCCUUACAUUCGCCGUUUUCUUGUUCUGGACGUCGGAGGUCCUAUUCAUGGCGGCGGCAUGGCUGGUGUGGUCGGGGCUGUCGGGAUCAGGCUCCGGCUCUCGCAUUGAUGCCAGAAAAGCGUUGGAGCAGAUGUCUCUUAAGGGAGCCGGCGGAGUCAAGAGAGAAGAUGGCAGUGGAGUCGAGGAACUAUCGGACGCGCCAAGGACAUUUCCCACAUAUGGGAAUCAGGCACCGUUGCGAUACGAACCCGAAAUCAAGGAGGAAGCACAGGCGGGCCCCCGUAUGGAAGAUUUGGUCCCACUCGGGGGCGAGGCGGAUGAUGAGGAGGAGGACGACGGACGAGGUAGCUACAAGGGCGACUCGGGCAUUGGGACGAGCUAUAGCGAGGGAGGCUCCAGCAGUGUUCGGCGCAGGUCAUCGCAUCAUCGUUAG